AUGUCUUCUACCACGACGAGCGCGCCUCCCCCACACGCCGCCGCAGGCUCCUCUGCCGCCUCCCAAGCCGCCGCCUUCGCCUCCGACCCGCGCGUGCACUUCGACACGCAGUCCGCCACCUGGCGCUUCGAGGACGACGCCGGCGACGAGCUCGAGUACGACCCCGCCAAGGGCGCGUGGAAACCUGUGGUGGAUGAGGAGCUGCUCAAGAGCCAGCAGGCGGCCUAUUCCGUCGCGGGCGUCGACGAGGAGACACCCGCCGCGCCUGUCAUCGCGCGCAUAAACAAAAAACGGAAAGAGCCCGAAGACUACACCUCCAGCACCCUCGGCCAGCCGGGGCCCUCCAUCAAGCGCGGCAAAGGCUCCAAAUCGAACGACGCCGCCGCCGCCGGCAGCGAGCCCCGACGCUCCAAAAACACCGCCGUGUUCGUCUCGAACCUGCCCCCGGACACGACGCACGACGAGCUCGUCGCGCGCUUCUCCAAGUGCGGGCUGCUCGAGGAGGACGACGCGGGCGAGCCCAAGGUCAAGCUCUAUGCGCGCGAUGACGCGGACGGCGCCUUCAGCGGCGAGGCGCUCGUCGUGUACUUCAAGGAGGACUCGGUCACGCUCGCGCUCAACAUUCUCGACGACGCGGAGCUGCGCCUUGGGGAGCCGAGCACGCGCAUGCGCGUGCUGCGCGCUGAGUUUGGGCAUAAGGGCGGGGACGGGAAGCCCGGCGGUGGUGUGGCGGGGGGCAGCGGGGCCCCGAGAAAGACGGUAGACAAGCGGAAGGCGACGCGCCGGCUGGGCAAGAUGCAGAGAAAACUCGAAGAGUGGGACGACGCAGACACCUUUGGGCCGUCGCUCACGGAAGAAGAGCGCCAUGCGGCCGCGAACCCCGCGAGCCGCGUCGUCGUCCUCAAGCACAUGUUCACGCUCAAGGAGCUCGAGGAGGACGCCUCGCUGCUGCUCGACCUGAAGGAGGACGUGCGCGAGGAGUGCGAGACCCUGGGCGAGGUCACGAAUGUCGUCCUGUUCGACAAAGAGCCAGAGGGCGUCAUGACGAUAAAAUUCCGCGACCCUCUCAGUGCGCAAGCAUGCGUCAUCAAAAUGCACGGCCGCUUCUUCGCGGGGCGCAAGAUCGAGGCGUCGCUCUGGGCGGGCAAGACACGCUUCAAGCGCAGCGGCGCCGUCGAGGACGAGGAGGGCGGCGAGGGCGAAGAGAAGAAGCGCCUGGACGACUUUGCGAACUGGUUGAUGACGGAGGGCGACUGA